CAGGCCUGGGUUGCGACGCGAGCGGAGCGGGCGCUUAAGGAUCCCGGGGCUCGUCAGUGUCGGCGGCGGAGGCAGCAGCAGCGGUGGCGGUGGCGGCGGUGACCACUGAGCAGUAGUUGCCCAAGAUGUCAAAUAUCAAAAUCUUCAGCGGGAGCUCCCACCAGGACUUAUCCCAGAAAAUAGCUGACCGCCUAGGCCUGGAGCUAGGCAAGGUGGUGACUAAGAAAUUCAGCAACCAGGAGACCUGUGUGGAGAUUGGGGAAAGCGUUCGUGGAGAGGAUGUCUACAUUGUUCAGAGUGGGUGUGGUGAGAUAAAUGACAAUCUAAUGGAGCUUUUGAUCAUGAUUAAUGCUUGCAAGAUUGCUUCAGCCAGCCGGGUGACUGCAGUCAUCCCAUGCUUCCCUUAUGCCCGCCAAGAUAAGAAGGAUAAGAGCCGGGCUCCCAUCUCAGCUAAGCUUGUUGCAAAUAUGCUGUCUGUAGCAGGUGCAGAUCACAUUAUCACCAUGGAUCUACAUGCGUCUCAAAUUCAGGGUUUCUUUGACAUCCCAGUGGACAAUUUAUAUGCAGAGCCAGCUGUCCUGAAGUGGAUACGGGAGAAUAUAUCUGAGUGGAAAAACUGUACUAUCGUUUCACCUGACGCGGGUGGUGCCAAGCGCGUGACCUCCAUUGCAGACCGACUGAAUGUGGAUUUUGCGUUGAUUCACAAGGAACGGAAGAAGGCCAACGAAGUGGACCGCAUGGUACUGGUAGGGGACGUGAAGGACCGUGUGGCUAUACUUGUGGAUGACAUGGCUGACACCUGUGGUACAAUCUGCCAUGCUGCUGACAAACUUCUCUCAGCUGGAGCUACCAGGGUUUAUGCCAUCUUGACGCAUGGAAUCUUUUCUGGCCCUGCCAUUUCUCGAAUCAACAAUGCCUGCUUUGAAGCAGUAGUAGUUACCAAUACCAUACCUCAGGAAGACAAGAUGAAACACUGCUCCAAAAUACAGGUGAUUGACAUCUCUAUGAUCCUUGCAGAAGCCAUCAGGAGAACCCACAAUGGAGAAUCUGUCUCCUAUCUCUUCAGCCAUGUUCCUUUAUAAUAUAAUAACUUCUGAAGCAUUUGGAAAUAAAACCAACCCCACCCCUUGUUUUUCUUGGUAUUGGUGAGUUCAGCAGAAGACCAAGCUUGCUUCAGUAUAGCUUUUACAUCCCACAUUACCUAUAUUAGAAUUUAUCCUAAAUUUGAGAAAAACAGAUUGCUGUUAAUUGAUAGAAAGCUCCACCUGCAUUGUUGCAUCCUGGCUUCUUGUUUACUUUGUGAGCCUUGAGCUCAGCUGUUGAAAGAUGUAGAGAAAGAUGUUAAGAGUAUUCACAAGGUCCGUAGGAUGUGAUUGACAAAGCUCAUACUCCAUUGCAUGUGAAUGCUUUGGGGUUUUCUUCAUUCAGAAUAGCAACAAAGGCAGCUCAUGUGUAAUACAUUUUGAGAGGUCUACAGCAAGAACCCUGAGCAGCCUUAAACAUAGUUCAGCUGUUGAGCACCCUGUGAGGCAGGAGCACGUAGCUCAAUGCAGUAAUUAGUUUUUGGGAGGAAGAAGCCUGAUCCAUUGCCAUCUGUUUAACUCUAUAGCUUGAACUCUCUACACCUAUUCCUUUCCAGUUGGCUUUUCCUUUAGCUAUUUUCACCCUUUCCUGGUCUGGACUCAGUGAUCACUGUAACAGAAUCUUCUGUAAGACAGACUUGCUUCUUGCUAUGUAACUGCUAACAUUCACAUCAGGUAAUCUUCCUUAGCCUUCUACCACUGAGGUGGUGGGUUUUAAGUGGUGUCGUAGUGCCUUUUGAUUAAGUAGUUAACUUUCAUCUUCCUUGGAUCCAUUUGGCCUCUCAAUUGAACAUAUUUCUGCUAAACAAUUUGAUUGUAUCAUCUUGUGAAGAAGAAACUUAAUAAAAUGUCUGUCAUGUGUGCAAAAAAAAAAAAAAGAAAAAGAUUCUGUAAGGUUUGUUUGUUUGCUUGUUUUGUCACUGUUAGAAUAAUAUCCAGAAUAAUAUCCAAGAAAAAUGAAGAUUUUUUUUUUUCUUCAUUGUUUUGGGCUCCUCCAUUCCUGGGUGGAGAUAAAAGCUUGUUUGGGAGAGCAGGAUAGUGCCAGCACAGCUGCCAACUUGAAGACAGCAGGGAAGUCUGGAGACAGCAGGAACCCUGCAGAGGCCAACCUGAGUGACUCAUUCCUCAGUUCAAGCCCUUCCUCUUAGGAGUCCUCAAGAUUCAUUCAACUUUAGAGCCUAUUAUGUGACAACUAAGUCCUUAGUACAUUUGCCUUCAGGGAGACAUUUUAGAUUCAAACACAGUAUUCUAAAGCCAAGUGGGCAGUAAAGGUGCUAGCAGUUUUUAUUCAGAAGCCAUUGCAGUAGGAGAAAAAAAGCAAAUGUAGAGUCAGGCUCUAUUUCAGAUAAAUCAAGGACAAGGGAUGUUAUAGCUUAGAGUAGGGUCAAUCACUGGAUAAAAAUAUCCAUGUAGAGGGAAUUUGUGUUUAAACCCACUGGCAGUCAUGAAGGCAAACCAGGGAGUAUGAGAUUUCAAGAUGUGAGAGCCUCAAAACUUGGUUUUUAAGCUACAGCCUUAUAUUAGGAUUGCUUCUGUCUGGGGAGUGGGCUUAGUGCUUUUAUAUACUGUUUUAGAUUUAGUAGUAGUUUUUAUUUUACUUUGUCUUGUCUUGAUUAGUGCUUACAUCCUUUUUUCCUACUCUGUUGGAUUAUUCUCAGUCAUAUAUCAUUAAAAACGGUAAUUUGUGGACUGUU